CUGGAGCUUCUUGCUUGGUGUUGGUGCGGCGAGAAAGUGCGGGAAAGAGAGCGCGAGAGCGGAGAGCUUCCCGAUUUCUCCCUCCUGUGCAAGAAAACCGAAAGGGAAAGGGGGAAGCGAGGGAUUGUGAAAUCCGAAUGGGACCGAAAAUCUGUCAAGUAUGCAAUGAAUCACAAUCCAAGUACAAAUGUCCGACAUGUCUCGUACCCUAUUGCUCGUUGCCCUGUUUCAAGAAGCACAAAGAAAUUCCUUGCGUUAAGCCAGCAACUGCGUCUUCUGAGCGCAAUUUGACUUCCUUUCCAGUAUUGCAAUUUGAAAGGCCACUUUAUGUUGAUGAGCCUAGUGAGGUGCUGCAACAACUGCAAUUAGAGUCUAUAGCUUCUUCUAGUGAGAUACGUGAUGCUUUAAAGGAUGGUGAGCUUCAAAAACUGAUAUACAAUAUAGCUUGUUCCCCAGACGCUGAGGAUGAACUUGAUAAGGCAAGGGAAGUCGAGGCUUUUUGCAAAUUUACUGACAAGAUUCUAUCAACCACUAAUCCACAACCGUGAGCAACUAGUUGUAACUAGACAAAGAUAAGGAGGAAUCUCAAACUCUUUAUUAAAGAAGCAGGUUGUAAAGGUAGGGUUUUUGUUGAUCUUUUGUUUUUUUCCCCCCUUUUUUCUUUCCCUGGGAAUCAUCAGAACUUGCAUAAACCCUUGGUGAGGGAAGAGCCAAAUUGUUUACAGUUGUAAAGUGGUAUCUUGUUGCCUGCUUUGAAAUUAUUCAAUGGCUACAUACCAUGGGGUGUGUCUUACUUAUUCGUGAUGAGGUUUUAAUUAUUUGGCGGGUGAAAAUGUUUUUGAAUUCCCUAUUGUCCAUAAAUUAAGAGACAUGGGAAAUUCUUACCUUUCCCGAAUGAUCUGGUUAUAUGGGCCAAUAUUUGUUUUUGAUCU